UCUUCUGCUUCGUUAGGGAUUAAUCUCUCUUCUAUUUUUCGGACAAUUUGAUCAAAUUCUUCUCAUAUUUUCACAUUUUAGCUUCUAUUCGCUCACUAUAUUUUUCUUCUUCUCAGGUUCACAAUUUUUCUUUCGUUCUGCGCAAAUCCGUGAUGCUCAAAGAGGGCUCGUCUUCCGGGUUCUAGGGCUAGCUUGUGUUAAUAAUCAGGUAAUGAAUGGCAUUUAGAGGUAACAAUCAGAUUGAGCAAGGAAAAAAAGGGGCUAGGCGUACAUGGACAAAACAGGAAGAAGAAGCAUUGGUAGGCAUCCUCAAAGAUUUAGUUGCACGAGGACAUCGUUGUGAAAAUGGAAGUUUCAAACCUGGCACAAACCUUAUCAUAGAGAAGGCUUUGACUGAUACUUUUCCUACAUGCGGAUUAAAAUCUACGCCUCAUAUAGACUCCAAAAUGAAAGUUUGGAGAAAAAAUUAUAGUAUAGUUUUUGAUAUGGUUAGCAAGAGUGAGUUUAGAUGGAAUGAUGUGCAUAACUGUGUGGAGGUUGACAGUGAUGAAGUAUGGGAAACAUAUGUGCAGCACCAUAAAGAGGCACGGGGUUGGAGAGGAAAGCCUUUUCCAUUUUACGACAAACUUCAGAACAUCUUUGGAAUUGACCAUGCAACUGGAAGGGGUAUUGAGACGCUUGCUAAUACGGUUGACGACAUUGAACGAAAUGAGACCCACACUAAUGAUCUUGAAGUAGAAGAAGAAUGUGUUCCAUCUACAGACAACCAAACAUCAAGUACUAACUCGAUUCAAUCGUCACGUCGAAAGAGGAGAAGAUCAUAUGACAAUAGAAGUGAUGGCUUGGAGAAACUUGCUGAAUCUCUUGUCAAAAUGAUGGAUAAAUCAAAUACACAGGUGAAAAUGAUAGUUCAUGGCUUAGAGGAUGCCAUACAAAAGAAAGAUGAUGAUCAAUAUAAUUUCAUAUGGAAUGGUCUUACAAAGUUGGAUAUUCCUAUUGAUGAUCAAAUCAAGGCAUUGAAGCUCAUUGCUCAAGAACCAUGGAAUGUUAGUGUCUUUAAAGCUUUGGAUGAUUCAAAGAAGUUGGAUUGGGUAAGAUCACUCUUGCGAAUAUCUAAGAAAUGAAACCUACUAACUUUUGUGUGUUAUGAAGUUGUUGGUUCUCAUACUUUAUGAACAACUUUGGCUAUUAGUUUUGCACAAUUAUGAUAUUAGACUUUAUAUUUGUCAUUCGGUCUAUAUUAUACUUUGUGGUGAACCAUUAAGAUA